UUAAAGUUAAUGCUGUGAAUUGUUUGUAAGCGGGGUGCAUUGCAACAAACGGUGUCUUUCUGUAGCCGUUCUGUAGCCGGUGCUAUAUGGUUUAUGUGGUAAAAAAACAGAAAAUGUCUGUAGAAAAUCGCAUACUGUUCCCUUUACCGAAUUAUGGAUUCGACCCCACUGAGACAGCGGUGCCGUGGAAACGCAUCAAAGCCGCCGGAUUCACGGUGGUGUUUUCGACUCCCACUGCUAAGCAGCCGAAAGCGGACAAUCGCGUUCUAACCGGCGAAGGAUUCGGUCUACUAAAACCUUUCUGCAUGGCCGACAAGGAAGCGCUUGCCGCUUAUGCGGAAAUGGAAAACUCAGAAGAAUUUCGCCACCCUAUUGCAUAUGACGCCAUUAAACCCGACGAUUAUGUCGGCAUCGUUAUUGCCGGCGGACACGAUAAGGGAAUGCGGGAAUAUUUAGAGUCGACCACUCUGCAGACGAAUAUCGUUAAUUUUUUCCACAACAACAAACCAGUGGGAGCUAUCUGUCAUGGCUGUCUACUGGUCGGCCGCAGCCGGGAUCCGGCGACCGGCAAAUCAGUACUGUUCGGCAAGAAGAUGACCGCAUUAACACGCCGUCACGAGUUGUCAGCAUAUAAUAUGACACGAUUAUUUUUGGGUGAUUAUUACUUGACGUAUCCCGAGACAACGGUAGAGGAUGAGAUGAGAGGAUACGCGGAAAAAGCGGAGGAUUUCCAAGUUGGCCCCGGCUGGCCAAUCCCUACGUUGCGUGAUUCCGCCGUGAAGCCGUAUGGAUUCGCGCUAAUCGAUGGAAAUUACGUGUCGUCCCGAUUUUUUGGUGACGCCAAUGCUUUUGCUAAUGCUUUCAUCUAUUUACUGACGCAAAAAGACGAGAUAAAACAAUAAUCUGGGUAAUCAUUUUUUCUGCCGGUAUCUUUGUAAUUAAUCACUGCGCUUCGCAAUCCAAGUUAUCCGCGAUCCAGCCUUGUAAUUCACUUUUCACGUGAUCGCAAAAUUGGUCUUUAUUGUGAGUUACACCGUAAUCAGAACUAAAUUCGGCAUCGCCUUGAUAAAAAAGGAUAGGUUACGGGUCUUUCUUGUUAAGUUUUAAUUAAACCUUACAAUGU